UUGAUUUGGGCUAAAAGAGCUGGAACAUUUCAGCACUAAAGAGAGAGGCUCAUUUCUAACGCUGCUGGAGGCCAUCAAUCCAACCAGCUUCAGGUGUGCCGUGAUGUCACACAGCUAAAGGCUGUAAAAGACAUGAAAGAGGAAAUAGCUGCAGCGGUUUUCUUCACAACCCGACUGGUAAAAAGAUACGGCAGUCUGGAUGCUGAUGGCAGGGAACGUUUCGCUGCUGCUCUCACUGCUGUUCUGUUUGAGAACUACAAGAAUCACUGGCAUCCAGGUGCGCCGACCAGAGGACAGGCCUACAGGUGUCUUCGUAUGAAUCGUGUUCAGCUGAAGGACCCGGUGCUGCAGCAGGCCUGUGAGCGGAGCGCGGUGCGGUACGAGGACCUGGGCCUGCCUCUGGAGAUCACCGUGUGGGUCGACCCAGGAGAGGUUUCAUGCAGGUACGGUGAGCACAGCGCUCCGUUCUGCGUCUCUGUGUUGGACAGUCGGCGAGAUGGGGAAUUUUCUCGUCGAAUCCAGGACGCUGUGGAGCGAGCCAGCCUGGACGUCCAGUCAGGAAGUUCUUCUGAUGAAGACGACUGGGUCCUGGACAAGAGCAUGAGCAGCAACAGCAGCCGCACCUCAACGGGUCCCUGCCCUCCGUCCAGCAUUGAACCCAAAACCAUCCCGACUGUCAGCAACCCCAACAGCGUCUACCGGCAGUUCAGCGAGUUUUCUCCAGGAGCUCCACAGACCUGGCUGAGGGAGAAGAAAGGUUUUCCUGCUGAUUCCUUCUCCUCUGCAGGAUAUCCAGCGUCUCAGUUCUCCAACCAGAAAGGCUUUAAAUCCUAUCGGACCACAUUUACCUUUGCAGGCCCCCGUGUUGAUAAAUACCACUGGAUCUGCAAAUCCCGAUCUUAAAAUAGGCUUUGCCUUCCUAACUUAGUGCUCUAAUCCUUUAAACUAAACUGAAGAUUAACUUUGU